UUCUUAUGGAGAUGUAAAUUGUAGUGACGUGUCUUGUGUUGUUGUUUUUCAGGUAGAACAUAAACCACACAUCACAAUGAAGGUCGCCAUCUUCCUCCUCUGUCUCCUGCCUCUGGCCUUUGCCGAGAAGAAAGCCCUGCUCGGAAACAUUCUGGACGGAGGCGAAAUUCACAAACUCGUCAGUUCCGUAAUUGAGAAGUUCGGCAGUGAUGCUACCGAGGCACAGUGUGAAAAGGAGUGCACCACCCUCUUCACCAACGAUAUCAUCGACCUCGGCUGCGACUUCGCCUGCAAGGGAAUCCAAGGCCUUAUUCAGAAGUUUCAUCACAACUCUGCCCCUGCCACCAACUAGAGCAUCUGAAACCAGUCAUGAAUAAAGUGUAACUCCCAUA